AGGAAGGGGUUUGUUUCGUGGAGAGCAGGAAAAAGAGAGCUACCUUGGAGUUUGCUUGUCAUGCAGUCUGGCUGGCUCAUACUGUAGUGUUUGUGGUGUUUAUGUUUAUUAUUUAUUUAUAACUUUUUUGCUGCUGCGCACAGGGGAAUACUGUGUUUUUGUAUUGGUGGAAGUGAUUUUCUCUAUCUACACUGGUACUUGCUGGCCCACUGGCAAGGUCUAAAGUGGAUGCUCUUUUCCCUUUUUGAAAUCGCUCCGAGGUGGAAAGUUGGGGGCCAAAGUCCAGCCUUUCUUUCUGUUCGAGCCUUCACUCUGUGGCGAACCAUCUCUAAUUAGCUUUUGAAGAGGCGUGAAUGGAGCGGGCCAUGUCACUAAAGGCGACCUUUUAUGACAGAUUAGGUAAACAUAGUGACACGCUCUCUCGGCUUGGGGCUUUUUGAGACAUGCCUCAUGGAAGCUCGCAUCCUCGUCGCUCUGUAAGAAAAGGGGACACGUCAACAACAGAACACAUUUCCGGCGUUAAUGGUUGCCAGGGUAACUUGGGUCUUGUAAUCCCUACUGAUUGCAGAGGAAAAGAGGAGGAGAUAUAGAUGCUGGUUGUGUGAGCCCAGUUGAGUGUGUUUGUCUGUGCAGGGGGGCAUGACAGGGCUGUUUCAUGUACAUGUCAGCUGGCGACUUGCUAGUGUGAGAUUUGAGGGAGAUGUCUGUCCAGCCAGCCUUCACGUUCAGGGUGCUCGCCCUGCCUCGGAGCCAGAUGUCAGCUGCGUGAGAGCGGGUGAGGCGAGGGGCUGCAGCAACGCCGUGUCCACAUCGAGGAGAACGAGAGACUGGGGUCUUCCGUCAAGCUAGCAAGAGGCUGCAGAACAGAGUAGCCAUGGCUGCCUGCUUGUUCUGAUUCCACCGUGAAGAGAAGGAGAAAGCACUCCAGUAGCGUGUGUGUGUGCGCAAGAUAUAGGGAUGUUAGUUAGUGAGGGGAUGAAAUUCAGCUGAAGCAUUGGAAAAACGGACUAUGAGAGGCCAAGGCACAGUUAGCUCCUAGCCCCCCCCACACAACACAGGGGCUUCGCAGGGCACGUUAUCGGACUGUUUCCCACUGUGGAUCAACAAGUGUUUGGCACACUGGAGAACACUGCCUCCAGUCAUGGGAUGUGUGUUCUCACUGCCCAAGGAGAGACAGGCAGCGGCAGCCAGAGUCACACCACAGCGAGAAACCAGCUUCAUUGAAAAGAUGAAAAAGACGAACAGAAACAUAGUGGUGUUCUACGGCUCUCAGACGGGCACAGCUGAGGAGUUCUGCGGCAGACUGGCCAAAGACGCCCAGCGCUACGGCAUGAGGGGCAUGUCUGCCGACCCUGAAGAAUACGACAUGUCGGAGUUGCCCCGCCUGGCGGAGAUGGAGAACUCGCUGGCGGUGUUCUGCAUGGCCACCUACGGGGAAGGAGACCCCACAGACAAUGCUCAGGAUUUCUAUGACUGGAUGCAGGAGACCGACGAGGACCUGAGUGGCGUCAGCUUUGCGGUGUUUGGCUUGGGGAAUAAAACAUAUGAGCACUUCAAUGCCAUGGGGAAAUAUACAGACAAGAGACUGGCAGAGUUGGGGGGCAAUAGAAUAUUCGAUCUGGGUAUCGGGGACGAUGAUGCCAAUCUUGAGGAGGACUUUGUGUCUUGGAAGGAGGGAUUCUGGCCUGCAGUGUGUGAGCACUUUGGAGUGGAGCCUACAGGGGAUGACACCAGUAUUCGUCAGUACGAGCUGGUGGUGCCGACCGACAUCAACAUGAAUAAGGUGUACACCGGAGAGAUGGGUCGCCUCAAGAGCUUCGAGACUCAGAAACCGCCUUUUGAUGCCAAGAACCCCUACUUAGCAACAGUGGUCGUCAACCGCAAGCUCAACACUGUAGGAGAGCGCCAUCUCAUGCACUUGGAACUGGACAUCUCAGGCUCCAAAAUCAGAUACGAUUCAGGAGACCAUGUGGCUGUUUACCCCGUCAAUGACGCCUCCCUGGUGAACAGGAUAGGCCAGAUCCUGGACGUUGAACUGGAUACGGUUAUCUCUCUUAAUAACCUAGACGAGGAGUCCAAUAAGAAGCACCCAUUCCCCUGCCCCACCUCCUACCGCACGGCCCUGACCCACUACCUUGACAUCACCAACUUCCCCCGCACCAACGUGCUAUUUGAGCUGGCCCAGUAUGCCUCCGACCCCAAAGAGCAGGAGACCUUGCGCAAGAUGGCUUCCGCCUCGCCAGAGGGCAAGAGUGUAUACCAGAGUUGGGUGCUGGAUGCACAGAGGGAUAUCCUGACGGUGCUGGAGGACAUGCCCUCUCUCCGCCCGGCCAUAGAUCACCUGUGUGAGCUACUUCCUCGCCUUCAGGCUCGCUACUACUCCAUCGCGUCCUCCGGCAAGGUGUACCCCACAACCAUUAGCAUCUGCGCCGUGGUGGUGGAGUUUUGCACCAGCACUGGACGCACAUUCAAGGGCGUGGCCACCAACUGGCUGAAAAACAAGACUGUGAUGGACAAUGGCCACAAAGCUACGGUGCCCAUGUAUGUGAGGAAGUCCCAGUUUCGACUCCCCUUUAAGGCCAGCAACCCUGUGGUGAUGAUCGGACCGGGCACGGGGAUCGCACCCUUCAUGGGCUUUCUGCAGGAGCGUGCCUGGCUCAAGGAGCAAGGGAAGGAGGUGGGCGAGACAAUACUUUACUUUGGCUGCCGCCAUAGAAACAAGGACUUCCUGUAUCAGCAGCAGCUGGAAGAGUUUGAAAAGGCAGGUGUGCUGACUCAACUAAACGUGGCCUUCUCACGAGACCAGGAGCAAAAGGUUUACGUGCAGCACCUCCUGAAGCAGAAAAAAGAACACAUGUGGAAGCUCAUCAACACAGACAACGCUCAUGUCUACAUAUGCGGGGAUGCAAAGAACAUGGCGCGAGAUGUCCAAAACGCAUUCCACGAAAUAGUGCAGGAGGAAGGAGGCCUGACGCACACCCAGGCAGUGGCCUACAUCAAGAAGUUAAUGACAAAGGGUCGCUACUCUCAGGAUGUAUGGAGCUAAACACUAACCAGCAAAUUAAACUAACUACACCUCCAAAUCCACUUCACUGACCUAUGUCAGAUAGUGGAGGAUUAACUGGAUAACAGUUAAAGCCUUUGGAGUGGGAGUUUACAGAUACUUUCACAUAGGUACUACAUCAAAAAGAUCUCUGUAUCCUUCUAUGGUGAAAUUGGAACCAGAAGGUUUUGGAAUGGGAUAUGAUGUUAUCAGGAAGCUUGAGUUCCUUUUGGAUAACCUGACAUUUGACUUUGAUAACAAAAAUGGCUCAAGUGAUGCUGGGAAAGCACGUUAAAACAGGUUACUGCUGUGUUUCCAGUUACUCUAAUAUGAACAGUUACCCUGUAUCAAAAGCAGUCGCUGUGUUGUCUCCUUAUAGGACAUAGAAUUAUCCUCAGUUUGAAGUAGUCCUGAAAAGUUCUGCAGGCUGUAUUGGUUUGGACAUGAAAUAUAGCCUUUAGACGUGCUAAUCAUGUUGUGAAAAUACUCCUCCCCACUGCCAAUUUUGUUUGAUAUAGCAAUUUUAUAGUUAUAGUAUAAUUUGAUGGUAAAAUAAAUGUAAAAAUACUUUAGACUAACUUUCCAUACCACAAAUGGCCAUUUAGCAGAAUCUUCCAUUAUCCCAUGCUAAUGUUUGCACAGCUACUACACAAUUAACUAGAAAUAUAAUUAACAUUUUAGUUUUCAGUUACAGUAGAUUAACCAAUUACUCAGAUUAAAUAUCUGGCAAACGUUGAUGGACAGUUGGCUAAAUGAAAUACAUAGUGUUUAAAAAUACAAGUCUGUUAACUCAUUUAAAUGUGGAAUACAAAGUCUAUACAUUGUUUUGCACCACAAGGUUACUGUACAUACAUAACACCAGAACAGUUCUGGUGCAGUGUUAAAUUGGCAUAUUGGGAUGUUGUAAGUUACUGUAAUGCACAUUUCAGUUGGAGUAUGGAUUUGUUUGAAUUAUCCAUAGGUCUAAUUAUGCCACUGUUUUACUAGUAGAAUUACCAUUAUAUUUUGCCCGACCCACAGAGUUAUCCACUUUGUGCUGCUGACACUACUGUGCAUGAUCAUUGAGGUAUUUUAGAAGUAUGUUUGCAACAUAAUUUCAUACAUUAACAGUCAUUAUUGUAUUUUACUUCUGGGAUUUUUAAUUUAAUCAUUAUUCUUGAGGGUUGGCUGCAUAGAAGACGUGUUGAAUAUAUAUUCAAUUUUGAGGUUUUUGUUGAAUGUGUGGAAUCAAGUUGAGUUUCUCCAAUGUUGUUACAUCCUAUUUCUUUAGUCUUUCAUUUCCUAGACUAAUCAUCAAUGGAACAUAAAAAAACACAGAUGUACUGUACUGCUAAACCAUCAUAGAAUGGCAAGAGUUGCAAAUGUCUAGCAAGAAAUUGGUCUUUUUAGAUUGUGGUUUGCUUUGAUUUGCUGAUAACAGAUUCAGUUUGUUACAUUAAUCUGUGUUAUACAACUUGACCCAGUUUUAUAUGCAAAAGUAGUAGUUUGUAAAUAAACAACUUGAAAAGCAUGAUAAAAAAAAAAAGAUAUAUAUAUUAAACAGAGAUUGUGGAUCCGA